UUUUUUUACGCGCGUCGUCGAGAUGCUUUGACAGCAGGACACUUUUUUUUUUAAAUGAGCCCAGCCAGGGAGGGCAAGUGCGGGGGUCUGCGCCUUUCUGCCGCGGGGAGACUUUUCCGGCGCACUUCGGCACCCACGGAGCGCCGCUGCGGGCAUGUGAGGAGGAGAAGUCCGUUUCGGGCGCACGAUCCUCGGCCUUGCGCGCAAGGGAAGCCGAGCGGGAGGAGGGGGAGGAGAAGGGGCGACUUUUCCGGCCUAUGGACGACGGUGGUGGUCCCCUCUCUCCCAGGGCGAAUGCGUUCAGUAUUGCCUCUUUGAUUUUUGCCGCAGAGCACGCAGGAAACGCGGCGGCUUUGGCGUUGGACGCGCCGAGGGUUGCUUUGCGCAAGGCGGACGCGGAGGAGCGCAGCGGCGCCAACAUGCACUACAGCACCGUCACGCGCGAAAUGGAAGCCAUUUCCAGUCCGUGGCUGACGCAGCUGUCCCAUUUUUGCGAUGUUGCAGCCUUCACCAGCAGUAGUCUGAGCAGCCUGAACACGCCGGCGGGAUAUCACCUGUCUCCGUCCCCCGGGGAUGCUUACACCCAGCAUGAAGCGCACUUCGAGCCCUGCCCGGCCGCGCAGCCCGCCUACAGCUACCCGCCCCCGCCGGUGCCUCCGCCGGCCGCGGCUCCGGGAGACCCCGCCGGGACUCCCUGCUCCUCGGCCUCGUCCUCCUCCACGCCCACGGGCAAGAACUUGGUGAAGAAGAACCCCAAGGUGACCAACAUUAACGUGCAGCUGGAGAUGAAGGCUCUGUGGGAUGAAUUUAACCAGCUGGGCACGGAGAUGAUCGUCACCAAGGCGGGAAGGAGAAUGUUUCCAACUUUCCAAGUGAAAAUAUUCGGGAUGGAUCCCAUGGCGGACUACAUGCUCCUCAUGGACUUCUUGCCGGUGGACGACAAACGUUACAGGUAUGCAUUCCACAGUUCUUCCUGGCUGGUGGCGGGCAAGGCUGACCCGGCCACGCCAGGGAGGGUGCACUACCACCCGGACUCCCCGGCCAAGGGCGCCCAGUGGAUGAAGCAAAUUGUUUCUUUUGAUAAACUCAAACUCACCAACAACCUCCUGGACGACAACGGACAUAUCAUUCUGAACUCCAUGCACCGCUACCAGCCCAGGUUCCACGUGGUGUACGUGGACCCACGCAAGGACAGCGAGAAAUACGCCGAGGAAAAUUACAAGACUUUUGUUUUCGAGGAAACUCGCUUUACUGCGGUGACAGCGUACCAGAAUCACAGGAUCACACAGUUGAAGAUCGCCAGUAAUCCUUUCGCCAAAGGCUUCCGGGACUGCGACCCAGAGGACUGGCCCAGGAAUCACAGGCCGGGCUCGCUGCCAAUAAUGAGUGCUUUUGCCAGAACAAGAAACCCAAUGUCAUCCCCGCCUCAGCAGAACGGAGCAGAGAAAGACGACAACAGGCGGGACUACGAGAGAGACCCCAGUGGAACGCCAAUCCAUGCCGACCCGGCCCACCAGCUCAUGUCCCGGGUCCUCAGCCCCGCCCUCCCGGUCCCAGGAGGCCUCCACACCGUCCCCCUCUCCGGUGGCCGCCCCAGCCCUCCCCACGACCUCCGCUCAGACCCUCACAGCCUAGCCCCGGACACCUUGCACCACCAUCCCUACAAGUACCCCACCAGCUACGAACACUACUUAGGGGCCAAGACCAGGCCGUCCCCUUACCCUUUACCCGGCAUCAGAGGACACACGUACCACCACCACAUGAACCCCGCCACAGCAAACAUGUACUCGGCCACCAGUGGGCCCUCAAACUACGACUAUGGCCCCAGAUAACGACUGCAAAGGGUGCCGUGCGUAGUGGAAACGGAACUUUCGUAGGGUCUGGUGCAACCCGCAGGGUGCGUUCACAGACUCCCCUGCUGUAUUUAUUUAAGCGAUCUCUGCAGGCUGCAAGGACACCGCUGACGUCACAACAACAAUCAGGUCUCCAACCCGAGCGGCGCAGACAACGGAGCCGGCAGAACGAGGAGGAGAACACGUUUGGUCACGGACUGGAAUUGAUUAUUAUUUUUGAUGUGUGUGUUGAAUGCACUUUUGGAUUUUCCUUGUUUCUAAAGCUUUCCGGAAAAAAAAAAGAAGAAGAAGAAGCCAUAUGUUAUAUAGUUCCUCCACCGUGUUGUUUGCAUGCUGAGGGUUGUCGGAACACUUCCGAUUUUGUUCUUGUCGGAGGAGAGAAGCGAAGGUGGACAUCGCCACGGCACUGACUCGCAGGAACUCUGAGUAAACCAAAAGAAGCAGAAUUACUCUUCCGUGUCUGUAAAAAUAAACGUUACGUUCUUGCAAUGCAGCAAA